GAAAAUUGGUUUCAAAUCAAAUUUGACGAACAACAAUGAAUUAUAUCAACCGAUGAUUACUUAAGAUUUUCUGUCUAGUUUUGUUUGAACUAGUCGUUGUUGAAUAAGCCUGUUCUGGUCCUUUCCCAAAAGCGCGUUUUCGUAAGCAUGAAUCCGGAGAGGGUCGCAUUGCUUAAGCAGUUUGUUGAGUUGCUUAAAGAGAAACCUGAAGUUCUCGACACCCCUGAACUGUCGUUCUUCAAAGACUGGCUUAAAAGUCUUGGGGCUAACGUUCCUGUUUCACAACCUAACCGACCCACUGAAAAUUCAUUUUCAGACGACUCUGGUGCAGAUGAGACCUCAGAAUCUGAAAUAGGUAGAUGUUAACAGUGAUUACUAACACUUUCCAGAGUUUGAUGAUGAAGUGCUGCCAAAGGAACCUGUCCCAGACCUAGAUAUGGGUGACGAUUCGAUAGAAGUAACUGAUGAAUUGAGAGAAAGAGCUGAAGAAAAGAAAUGUGAAGCAAUGGCUAAAAUGUCUGAUGGAGACUUUACUGGGGCCGUUGAUUUGUUCACCGAAGCAAUUAAACUAAACCCCCAGUCCUCACUAUUUCAUGCUCGACGUGCAAGUUGCUUUGUACGAAUGAAAAAGCCGUCCCAUGCUAUCGCAGAUUGUGACAAAGCUAUUUCGUUAAACCCUGAUUCUGCACAACCUUACAAAUGGAGAGGAUUUGCUAAUAAAAUGAUUGGUAAUUGGGAAGCCGCUUAUCGGGAUCUUCAGACAUCUUUGAGGUUAGACUACUCAGAUGAUGCCAAUGAAGCGAUAAAGGAAAUCGAACCAAAGCACAAACGAAUCUUCGAACAUAACAUGAAGUAUGAACGUAAACGACAAGAAAAGCUAGAACGAGAAAAACGCGAGCGAAUUCGAAAAGCACGAGAAGAGCGUGAACGCGCCCAGAGAGAUACAGAAAAACCCGAUUUUGACAUUCCAGGAAGCGGCAACAUUCCAGGCAUGGACAAUAUGUUUUCGCAACUGUUCAAUGAUCCAGAAUUGAUGUCUGCUAUCCAGGACCCUGAAGUGAUGAAGGCAUUCAGCGAAGUAUGCUCAAACCCAGCUGCCAUGGAUAAGUACAAAAACAACCCCAAGGUAAUGAAGGUCAUUGAGAAAAUGAAGAAUAGAUUUGGUGGUGGUGGCGGUGGUGCUAUGCCCGGAGGUAUGCCGUUCGGAAUGGGUGGAGCCGGGUUCAAUAUGCCUAACCAGUCAUGUCCAGAUCUAGACUAGGUAAAGAAACAUUGAUCUCAGUCAUCUGGUGAUUCCAUUUAAAUACAUUUAAUCCCUCGACAUUUUCGUACAUAUGAAUAAAAGCUUCCAGACUGG